CGCCGCCUCACACCGAAGCCUACCGCGUCUACACACCGAAGCCGACUCGGUUACCGACCAUGCAUCCCGCCCGGUGCGCCCAGAGCGUUCUCCUCUGCGUACGCGGACAGGUACGUGGGGUCCGCGGGGUAUCGGCUCUGGUGCGGACCGCGGGGGCAUGACGUCCUUCGAAAGACGGGUACAGGAAAAGAAGCUCGCGCUCCUCGACGCCCACACAGGCUCCUCGCCUCAUUCCGGCCACCGGCGCGAACCUGCGCACUGCGAUGCGGCGGACACAUACCGGGACGUCGACGACGACUGCGAAGAUACGCCUAGACUAGGGUCCACAUGCGUAGUCAGAGACGCGCCAAUCCGGGGUGCGCUGGUUUCGGAUGAGCACGCAGCAAACCCCUCCGGGUCUCGCAUACGCACCUCGCGCCUGCUGCCUCUGCCACCCCCGCGUCUGUCAAGAACGGGGAGCUUCGCCGCCGGCGCGGGACAGGACCGCUGCGAUGUCCCCGCGUCGGUGUCCGCCUUCGACUCCCUCCGCAUAUCUCGCUCGCGCAGUCGUGGCGAGCUUCCUACUGGCGCCAGCUUCAUCGCCGAACGGUACUCUGCACAUCCGCCGCCCUUGGUGGCUUCGACGUCAAGCUCGUCCUCGUCGGAGCAACUCGCCGGAUCCCACUGCUACGGGCAGCAGGUGGGCGAUGAUUAUACUGUCGCGCCGUCCAACUCUGGCCGGGACUUCUACCAUCGCCCGACCGAGGGGCUGCACAGCACUGGUUCUUCCGAUAGCUCCAUUGUGAAAGGACGUAUCGCCGCCUUCGAGGAACGUCUGAAGUUCUCGCACGACAUAGGUGCUGCGUAUACCUAACCUCUUCACGGCGACUCCCCGGGCAUGUGACGGUGGCCUUGUGAACGGGCGAGUUGAUUAUGGAUACAGUUACGGUUCAAACAACAUGAUACAAGCAGAUAAAAGCAGUGCUACAUUCUACAGUGUGAUGAAUUUACUCGAUGACGACG